AUGCGCAAGGAGAUUCUCUCGCGGACCGGCUACGAGCUGGGGGCGCAGGCGGCCGAGUCGUGCGACUGGCUGACGGUGUUUCUGGCGCAGAUUAUCGCCAAGUUCCGCGCAGACGCCGAACGCCACGACCGGCUGGUGCGGGUGAUCAGCGAGGCCCUGAAUGGCGAGCUGCGGCCGUCGGUGCUGGACAGCAUCCGGAUCACACAGUUCUCCUUGGGCUCGGACUUUCUGCGCAUUACUGCGGCCCGCAUGGUGCCGUCGUCGGGCUCCCUGGGCAUGCGCGCCGAGCUCGAUCUCUCGCUGCACGACGAAAUCACACUGGGCUUCAACACAAAGGUGCUGGUCAACUGGCCACGCCCAUCGGUGGCCGCCUUGCCCGUCACAAUGGUGGUCUCGGUGGUCAAGUUUGUCGGCACGGUGGCCGUAGAGUUCGAUAGCGCGGCGCUCGAGCCCUCGGUGGCAGUCACAAUUCUGCCAGACUACAUCCUCGAGUUCGACAUCCAGACGUUGAUUGGCAGCAAGGCCAAGGUGCAGAACCUGCCGAUGCUGACAUCGGUGAUCAGCAGGAAACUGCAGGCGGCGUUUGCCAAGGAGCUGGUGAUGCCGAAUGAGAAGCGGAUCAAGAUC